AUGGAUUCUUCGCUGCAUGAGGUCUGGCAAGCUGCUGCUGGCAGUCCCUUCUUCCCUACUGUGAGCAAAGGAAGCCAGUUCUGGGUCGCCUUUUCUUUGCUCUUUCUCGGAUUCUCUCUCACCGGUGUCUUUGCCCUGAACCGCACACUCGUCAACGUUCCCGUACUAGGCAUUCCAGCCUCCAUCGCUAUUGCAUGCAUCAACUUUGCACCGAGAGUUCAUGUCCAAAUUACAGAGGAUGGCGUUCGUUUCGCUUCUGACCAUGCACGGGUGAUGCAAGGAGUUGCAUUUCUCGAUAAAGCUCUCUUCUCAUCAUAUACAGCCAAUCUCCCUGCUCAGGAUGGCGGUAAUCCGCCCGAGCUUCCUAAUUUUCAACUUUCAUUAUCUUCUGUUCUCGAAGUACUCCAGAUUUUUGGAGCCGUAGAUGUAGCCACACGGGCACAAAAAGCAGACCAGGAUCCUUAUCGCAGCAAUCUUCGGAACUAUCGGCCUGAUGCUUUCAGUAACCAAACUCUUGGUAUUUCUGGCACCUGUACUCUGCAGUAUAGCCAAGAGGGUGAUCCAUUCAAGAUCACCAUCGAGGAGUCUGGCGUCAAGACAACAGCGUCAUUGACUACCUAUCUACCAGAAAUACCUGAUGAUAUUCCAUUUGACCGCAAUGAUCUGUCCUUCAAAAUCAUCAUGCAAUCUCGAACACUACUCGAUUCUAUGGCAGAGAUUUCUCCAACAGCUCCGACGAAGCUAACUAUCACAACCACCAAAACCUCGCCAUUUCUAUCUCUCGCUGGUGUCGGGGAUCUUGGAAGCUCAGGAGUGGACUUCGCCCGUGGAAGAGACCUUCUCGAAACCUUCAACGUUCAGGAACGCUGGUCUCAGGCGUACAAGUUUGACUUUAUCAAGAAUUCAACAGAAGCAAUGCGGAUAGCCACUAAGGUUAGUUUACGAGGGGAUGGUCAGGGGGUGCUGAGUCUGCAAUUCAUGGUAGAUAUUGAAGGUGGCAAGCGAAGCUUCUUGGACUUUCGGUUCGUUCCAUUCAUCUCGCACGAUGAGGACGAUGAUGAAGACGAUGAGGCAGAGGAGGCUGGCGAAGCAGACUAG